CCGCGCCGCGACGCGCCUUUCGCGUAAUCCACACGCGUGCUUGCGCGCAGUCAGAUCAGCGUUGCUUUUGCGCCUUGAGGUGUUUGCAGUCGAGUUGCUGGAGAGCUUCGUGAAACUUUCCCUUGACAUUUUAGUUGCAGUACAAAUAUCGACGUGGACUGAAAGAAUGGAUGGAUGAGCUUUGUGCACGAAUGUUGGAUCAUCUGCGGCUCGGCGUUUGGGAUUGAUGCCUGUCACCACAUCAUUUCAAGUGGAUUAAAAAAUACAAGAUAGAGCAACGAGAGGAGGAGAAAAGAGCAGGAAUGCAACAACGGGGUCGGGCAGUCUUCUCUUGAGCACUUUCAAAGGCGCGUUUGUUGAAAUGCUGAUGAUACAGUAGUGCUAAAAAAAAGAAGAAGUACUUUCUUAAUGCUGCCUAAUUGUCUGUGCGUCGAAGCCUUCCCAACUUCGGAUUUUAUGUUGAGCAAUUUCAAGUUACGGAACGAAGCGCUUCUUAAUAAGGACUCUUUGGAAGUGCAAGAAGAAUGAGGAGUCAGCGGGGACGGUGGAAGCAGCAUGAGUGGCCCCUGCAUCAGUGUUAGCCUGACGGCCUUCAUGUUUCCAUGCAAGCUGAUCACACUAAGCCUGCUCGUGAGCUGCAUAUUGGCGGGGGUCCGGGCCGCCGCUGAGCCCGCAUCGGCUGGCUUCACCGGCUCCACGGGGCCUCUGGGCUGGCUCCUGACAGCCAAGGGCCCUUUCCACCACUCGCAGGAGUUUCUUGAUUUCACAGAGCGCUACCAGCAAGGAUUCACCACAAAAUAUAAAAUUUACAGGGAGUUUGGACGAUGGAAGGUGAACAGCCUGGCCUUGGAAAGGCACGUGAACAACGGCUUGCCCUUUCCGUUGGACCCGGAGUUCUUGCAGACCAUUCGGCUUCUUGGAAGGCGGCCCAGUCUCAGCGCCAUCACUGACAACAUCAUUAGGAAAUAUGGAACACACUUCCUCCUCUCUGCCACGCUGGGAGGAGAAGAGUCCUUAAUGAUCUUUGUGGACAAGCGCAAGUUGAGUCGAUCGAGUGAGCUGAGUGACGCUAAUGGCACAGCUGUGACUCUGGAGGCGCUCCACCAGCUGGCCGCCUCCUACUUUAUCGACAGGGAGAGCACCCUGCACAGGCUGCAUCACAUGCAGAUUGCCUCCUCCGUCAUCAAGGUGACUGAAACAAGGACAGGCCCUCUUGGAUGCAGUAACUAUGACAACCUCGACUCCGUCAGUUCUGUUUUGGUUCAGAGCCCCGAAAACAAGAUUCAUUUGCAAGGCCUUCACGCCAUCCUGCCGGAAUAUCUGCGGGAUAAGUUUGUGCAGGCGGCGCUCAGCUACAUCGGCUGUAACGGGGAGGGCCGCUUCGUGUGCCGCAACAAUGACUGCUGGUGCCAGUGCGCCGCCGAUUUCCCGCAAUGUAAUUGCCCACAGUCGGACUUGAGGUCCAUGGAGGACAGUUUGCUUCAAAUUCGACAUUCUUGGAACAUGGCCAACCAGGACUUUGUGGAGUCAGACGAGUUCCAGAACUUUGUUCGGAGGCUCCCCACGUUGUACGCUUUGAACACAUCAGCCAUCGAGUACUUGUGGAAAACGGAACCGGCCAUUCAUCAGCGCUACAAACAGCUGGAGCUCAGCGGCCGGCAGCUUCUCGCCAAAGCCGGCCGCAUCGUCAACAAGCUCUUCAGCCUGAGCAAGAGGUGCCGCAGCAAGCCCAAAAUCCUUCUGCUGAGGGAGAGACCCGUGAGCUACUGGUUGAACUACAUCCUGUCCAUAAUGUACUGCAGCGAAAACAAUCAGAUCGGCUCGUACUUGGAGGAGAUGCGCAGCUGCUCGUGCCCUUAUGAGCAUCCCUCCUGCCAGAGCGCCAUCCCCUGCGCUGUGGGCGAAGGCACCGUGUGUGGCUCCUGCUCCUACGAGAACCGCUCCCGCUGUGCCACGUGCAACCAGGGCUACAUGCUCAGUCAGGGCACGUGUCGCAGAGAAGUUCCGGACUCCAUUGACCAUUACAUCGGCUUCGAGACGGACCUGCAGGAUUUGGAGUUGCGAUACCUCCUGCAAAAACAGGACGAUCGCGUCGGCAUCCACGGCAUCUUUGUCAGCAACGAUGUCAGGCUCAAUAAUUGGUUUGACCCGUCGUGGCGCAAGCGAAUGCUGCUGACGCUAAAAAGCAACAAAUACAAGUCAAACCACGUCCACAUGCUUUGGGGGAUUUCUCUUCAGAUUUGCCUUAGCAAGAACAUCACGGUGGAUCCGAUGGUUUCUGUCUACAUCAAUCCCUUUGGGGGGAGUCACUCAGAGAGUUGGAUCAUGCCCACCGAGCAAAACAACUACCCUGACUGGAAGAGGGCCAAAUUAGACCUUUCCCAUGACUGCUAUAACUGGACACUGACUUUGGGCAACAAGUGGAAAACCUUUUUUGAGACAGUUCACUUUUACUUACGGAGUCGGAUCCGGGGCCCGUCGAGCAACGGGAACGCAAGUGUUUAUUACGAACCGCUGGAGUACCUGGAACCGGGGCAAAAUUUUGGCUACAUGAAAAUAAACCACAUCCAGGUGUACGGGUAUAGCAUGCACUUUGACCCGGACGCAAUCCAAGACUUGAUUUUACAGCUGGACUACCCGUACACUCAGGGAUCGCAAGACUCGGCCCUGCUGCAACUGCUAGAGAUCCGGGACCGGGUUAAUCGUCUUUCCCCGCCCGGGCCUCAGCCUUUGGAUCUCUUCUCGUGCUUGCUGCGGCAUCGACUCAAACUGUCCACCACAGACGUGGCCCGGAUCCAGGCUGCGCUGCAGACCUUCAGCGCCAAGCAGCCCAAUUCGAUGGAAUAUGAAACAACCAAAUUAUGUAGCUAAUAAGUGGGCAGGUGGCCAGCCGCACAGAUGGCCAAACUGUCGUCACGCACACUCCCGAUGACGGUUAAGAGCAUUUCUGGAAAGGAUGUGUGAGGGACGCUCUCAAGGUCGUCAUCAAUCUCAAGAGGGCACUUUCAGCCUCCACGUAAAUGUACAACAUUAGACUCGCUCACUUUUCCUUUUUUUUUGUAAAACGGAAAUACGUACGCUAGAAUCAAAUUUUACGAUCGCUAUUAAGUUGACACCACCAGGGCAGAAAUUUCAAGAGCAAAGAAAAGCCUUUGUUACAGUUCAGACAAUGUGAUGCAUAUAUUUUUCCACCGCCGUAUUUUCUCUUUUUGUUGGCAGCCUGUAUUUUGCGGUCAAGACAAACACGAUAUUUUGCUGAUAUAUCCCGACCUUUGAUUUGAAGUUGUGACUUGAGUGGCAGCUCCUAUUUUCAGAGUUUCCUGUGACGAUAACAGUUUUUGAAAGAUCAAGUCUUACACGUAUUUGUAUGAAGCGACUAUAUCCAAUAACAUGUACUCCACAAGAAUUGUUCAAAAUAGACCAUGAUCACAAUAUGUUACAUCUGUGUUUAUUUUUAUAUUAUUGUGCUUUGUGGGAAAAAAAUAUGUUGCGUAUAAAAUUGUAUUAUAGAAAUUUUAUUACACCAAAUAAAAAGCU